UAUGGCAUCCGCUGGCAAAUGUGUAAAUUUGUAGAUGCUUAAUAAAAAUAAAUGAAAAACCUCCUCACGUUACUCCUCCCACUCCUUAUCUCCGCCUCCAACGCGCGCACCCACGCGCUGCUGGAUUCUCCGCUAAUCGUUUGGCCGGUGUGUUCCGCUGACGAGAUCGCGGGGGUGACGCUGCUGACCUGCACGGGUGCGAGACUCUUGUGGACAUGUUAUAUUAGAUGGAGCAUCUAUCAGCUGUGAUUUGCUCCUCCCUGACUCCAUCUGUCAUCCAUUCAAUCUCUCCCGUCCGCUGCUCACCGACCCUGAGAUGCUGAGGCUGUUUCCAUCGCGAUGGGGAUUAAGUAAAGUUUGCCGAGGGCGUCAGGCGCGUUGAAGGAUGUAGACCGGGCAUAACGGAUCGCGUUUCACGCAAACGGCGCUGCGGCGGAUCUGCGGGGCGCGCGGUGAAGACUCCGCCAUGCGCGAAACCGGUUAUCAAUCGCACUGACUUGAGGAAACCCGUGCUGUCGAUCGCUCUAUACCGAUUUAUCACCCGACUUUCGUACAGGAUGGAAUCGAAGUGAGUUCGGGUUCGGAAGCGGAUCCGCGUCAUGGAUGUGUUUAGCUUUGUCCGGAUGCCCAAACUGGCGGGCCACAGGACCAAAGCCUCCAGCUGUCCAACGCCAACCCAAGGGAGCUGGACGUCCACCCAAGGACCCUCCAAUGGCUGGGAAAUGGCGUCGUCUAGAGAGGGACGUGACUGUUACAUCAGUCACCUGUCACAGUCGAGCUCUUUGGAUGAUAUACGUGUUGAUGUUGAGAAGUUUGUUCCUCCUGCACCACGGAAGAUAGAGAUGAGACGAGACCCGGUGCUCGGCUUUGGAUUUGUGGCGGGCAGCGAGAAGCCGGUCGUCGUCCGAUCGGUUACUCCAGGAGGACCUUCAGAAGGAAAACUGAUCCCUGGAGAUGAAAUCGUGAUGAUAAAUGAUGAGGCGGUCAGCACAGCUCCCAGAGAAAGAGUCAUUGACCUUGUCAGAAGUUGUAAAGAGUCCAUCAUACUGACUGUGGUACAGCCAUACCCUUCGCCCAAAUCUGCCUUCAUCAGUGCAGCUAAAAAAGCCAAGCUGAAGUCGAAUCCUGUGAAAGUCCGUUUCGCCGAGGAGGUCAUUAUUAACGGACAAGUACCUGAAACUGUGAAAGAUAAUUCUCUACUCUUCAUGCCAAACGUCUUGAAGGUGUAUCUGGAAAACGGACAAACAAAAUCCUUCAGGUUUGACUGCAACACGUCUAUCAAGGAUGUUAUUCUGACGCUGCAGGAGAAACUCUCUAUUAAAAGUAUUGAACAUUUCUCAUUGAUGCUGGAACACAAGACUGAGGCUUCGGUCACUAAACUAAUGCUUCUACAUGAGCAGGAGAUGCUAACACAGGUGACACAACGGCCGGGGUCACAUAAGAUGAAAUGCUUUUUUCGCAUCAGUUUUCUUCCCAAAGAUCCGGUAGAUCUUCUCAGGAGAGACGCUGUUGCCUUUGAUUAUCUCUAUGUUCAGAGCUGUAAAGACGUCGUGCAGGAACGUUACGGCUCAGAGUUAAAAUACGAUACGGCGCUUCGACUGGCCGCUCUUCAGAUGUACAUCCUCAUGCUCAGCACCAAACAGACACAGAAAGUCUCUCUGAAAUACAUCGAAAAGGAGUGGGGUUUGGCUCAGUUUCUCCCUCCAGCGGUUUUGUCCAGCAUGAAGGAGAAAAACAUCAGAAAAGCUCUCGCACACAUUCUGAAGACCAACCAGAAUCUGGUGCCGCCGGGGAAAAAGCUGACGGCGUUACAGGCAAAGGUCCAUUACCUGAAAUACCUCAGUGACCUCAGACUGUAUGGAGGACGAGUCUUUAAAUCAACACUGGUUCAGGGAGAGAAACACACUGAAGUGACGCUGUUGGUCGGCCCCAGAUACGGCAUCAGUCAUGUGAUCAACACCAAAACCAACCUGGUGGCCCUGCUGGCCGACUUCAGCCAUGUCAACAGAAUCGAAAUGUACACGGAGGAUGAGAAGAACGUACGCGUGGAGCUUCACGUCUUAGAUGUUAAACCCAUCACACUGAUAAUGGAGUCCAGUGAUGCCAUGAAUUUGGCCUGUCUGACUGCUGGAUACUACAGACUGCUUGUGGAUUCACGCAGGUCCAUCUUUAACAUGGCCAACAGCAGUAACACUCCAGUACACGACACGCGGGCCAAGCGCAACUACCAGGCAAUCGACUGGAACUACAGCCACUGCACUGCAUGCAAUGAGCCACAUCCAGAUUAUGUCAUGUGUGGCCAACAAGUAUGUGACAUGACAGAAAUCCAUCAGUCGCAGCAUCACACGCAUGGGGACGAGAGAUCAGACCGACUGAACAGAGGAGGACACGGCUGUUCUCAAUCGUACUUCAACGUCCCAAAAUGCAAAACUCAAGAGUCGCCCAGAAGUGCCAAGGUGUCCUUCAUAUUCGGCGAUCCUCCGCUGGACAGCGUGAACCCACAGAACCUGGGAUACCAGAGACUGAUGGAGGACAUCCCAGAAGUUUUAGAGGAACACAGAUAUCUGUACGCUCAGCAGAAGGACUACAGGCCCCUGGAAGCUUCGAUGGAGGUCGACGGCUUUCAAUACGGCGCCAGCAUGGUGUACGGCGACGCCAAAAUCUUUGGUACGACGGAGGGCAUCGAAGAGCCGCUUCUGCACGACAUCUGCUACGCGGACACCACCGAUGACGCUGAAGACGAUGAUGACAUCAGCUGCGAGGAGGACAUGGUGAUGAUGAUGAUGGGGGAAAAGGCACACUCUUUUCUGUCUCUGUCGGAGUCUAGCGAUGACAUCAUCGAUCUUACGUCGCUCCCUCCGCCGCCGGAGGGCGAAGACAACGAGGACGACGACGUUCUUUUUCAAUCUCUGAACUUGGCGAUAGCCGCCCCUCCGCCGGGGUUCAGGGACAGCUCGGAUGAAGACGACCACCAGGGACCUCGAGGACGGAAAUCAGCGGCCGGGAUGAAAAACGACAUCCCCGUGUCGCUGAUCGAUUCGGUGCCGAUGCCGGUGUCUGGAGGAACGGAGCAAGUGUUCAAUGAUGCCGUGGUGUCCACGUUGCAGGCGCUCGAGGCUCUAGCGGCCUCUGAAGAGCAGUCGCAUCCGCAAUCGGACAAUAAUUCAGGUGUAGAAAUAUCUCGGUCCUUUAGCCCCGAGUCCUCGUCCGAUUCUGGGAAUGAGACAAAUUCCUCUGAAAUGACGGAGGGCUCGGAGCUGGCAGCAGCUCACAAACUCUGUGAAAACACUUUGAAAAUGUUUGUAGCGACAGUGGACGGUUACCAAACUGUAGCCGAAGAGGAAACCGAGUUUCGGUUGAGGCCCUGCGACAUCAGGGCCUCUCUACGAAAUCUAGAAGACGACCCUCAGUCCAGUCAAGCUCGGAGCGCUCUUCACUCGGAUCGCUUCGAGAUGGAGCCGGAAACCAUGGAAACCAAAUCCUUGACCGACUACUUCAACAAGCUGCACAUGGACAGGACGAUGGGAACGAAGCAUGAAGAGCGUGAUGUCAAGGUGAGACCCGGAGGAGAAUCCGAAGCGCGUCAGGUCACUGAAUCACACGGAGAAAACAUCGUCAGGAGGCUCAACGGCUUCAAUGUGAGAGAUGCCCAUCGAUCGGGUGCCUUUGACCUCGAGAGGAGAUCUUUUGCAUUUCAAGAAUCUAAUCAAAGAUCUCACAUGACCCUGAAUAAUAAGGCAGAUGGGCACAUUUACUCUGAAGUGGCCGGUGACAGUGGCACGUUGGACAGGGUCUCCCAAAAAACUAAGAAGGUAGAGUUAAAUGACUCGAGAGAAAGGAGUUCCCCCGCCAAAGAGAAACAUUUAAUGGAGCGAGCCCAGCACCAAAACAGAGCAGCGACUCCAGCCGAGCAGGACGUCCCACGCAUGUACGAAUAUCCGCUGCCCAAAAGGAUGUCGUCUCUCCAGAGCGAAGGUGUUCAUUCUCUACAGAGUUCCCAGUCUUCAUCCAUUGAUGGCGGCUGCUGUACGGGAAGCAGUAACUCGGUGACGCCGAUGGAUUCUCCUUUGUGUACGGCUGAUAAUCUCCACACGCACGCUGAGUCCUCUGCCAAAGCUGUCGGAUAUCCAAACCAGAGCGCAGAUGCAGCGUUUUUACGGAAGCACCACGGAUCAGCUGCUGCAGAGUCGACCGCGAGCGCAGGCCAGCGGAUGCCCAAGAUUAAAGAAACUACAGUGUAGCGAACUGAAGAUGAAGACAAAACCCAAGAUUCGUCUUCUCUCACCACGUGUUCAUGUUCAUCCAUAGCACACAGAUUCCUAUGUGCCAAACCAGAGGCGAUCAGAGGUCUCCAUUUCUUCCCCGUUUAUAUUUGCACUUGGCCUCAAAUGAACCCCGCUCUGGUUGCCUCAGGGAGGCAGAAAUGAAGUUUUAAUAGGAAAACUAUUGGCUCAGGGAGCAUUGACACUUUUUAUGGAUACCACAGCAAGCAGACGGUCAUGAUCACAUCAACCAAAUCAACAAACCUGGAACGAGCUGAUCACAAGAUAACCCUGUCAUUCAUGAAACAGCAUUCAUAACUCACUUCAGUAAUCUGAUGGAUGAAUAAUGUAUACUGGGUCAGAAACACAAGAUUUAUCAAUCUGGAUUCUGAAAGGUGGCUGUUGUGUAGCGGAAUGGAGCCGUGCGAUUGGACGGGAGAAGUUAGUGACAUCGUCCAAAAAAGAAAAUCAUUAAAAAUGUUAUGCACACCAGGAUCGUGUAUUCAGAACGUAAAUAUUAUCCACUUUUUUAUUUCACUUUGACCUAAAGUCAAAGCACAGUAAACAUCUUUGCCACAGGAAAACAAACCUCUCUAUAGCACACGACCUAAUCACCGCUUUCAGAAAUAGUUGCACCUGACGCGUAAUUCAUUUCAGCCACAUUUUGUGUCAUAUUCCUCAAGACUGCAUGUGCAGAGCUUUUAUCCCAACACUUUGAUGUUGGUUUGUUUUUUAAAGCAGAACGUUUUAACUGCUGGAGAUGGAGAUUCACAGAUCUCGGUUUAAAUAAUUCGGGAAAGCUUCACGUUCCUACCGGGAGAUUAUUUUCGUGACCAAAGCUAAAGUGCAUUUGAUGCAUCACAUUGCCAUGCAGUAAUGCUGUUAUAUGGUGGGUAGGAAUGGACAUCAUACAGCUUUCAUUUAGCCAUAGCAAAGCCAUAUGAUGACACAUAUACUGUAUGCUUGUUAUGAUGAAGGAAAUCAAGGUAUGUGGCCGGUGUGAUGAUAUACGGUUGUGUAUAUUUUGUGUAAUAUGUAAAAUAAUAUUCUACAAUAUACGUAAAAGAAUUCGACAAUGCAUAGAAUUUAUAAAUGAAAAUAUAUAUCGAUGACAUCACUGAUAGAUCAUCAUUUAGUUUCUUCCAUGUAUUUGAUUCAGUUUCUGCGUUUAGUAGUAUGAGAUGUUUAAAACUCACUGAACUGAACUUCUCCAUUGGUAGUUCAUCUUAUUUAGCUAAUGCAUUUUCAUGGGUACAUACAGUAAUAACCCUCAUGUGUUUUAUUCUUUUAGUUAUCUUCAU